AUGCCUCAAGCAUUAAAGCAUAAGUUAAACCAUUAAGGUGCUCUUUGCCAUCCAUAUUGCCAGAAUGAAUAGACGACUGUAUUUGAACCAUGGUUUCCAUACCAAUCUCCAUAAAAUAAAAUCAUAUAGUAGAGCAUGUCAUUCCAAGCUUCUGUGCAAGUUUUAUACUUAGGCUAAACUUCUUUUCCAAAUAUGUUAGUUGGAAUCACUCUUGGUACAAAUUUACUGGCUGUUGCUUUCAACCAUCCUUUAUAAAAUAAUUAAGUCCAUUCAAAUUUUUAUUAACUCUCGUUAACUAGGACAAAUAAGACUAGAAGAGCCAGAGAUAACCUCAAUAUACUUGAAUUUUUCAUUACUUUUGAUAAGUUUAUUGAUUAUAAUUUUAAUUAAUUAAUGGAAAAAUCUGAGAAAUACAAUAAUCAAGAAGAAUUUGUUGAAGAUGAAGAAUUCUUUGAUAAAUUAGAGAAGAAUGACGAGGUUGAAGCGGAAAAACAAUAAAAUAAUAUUGAAGAUGAAGAAGAAAAAAGCAAAGAGUAGAAAAGUCAUGAAUCAAUGGAUCGUAUAUAGAAACUUAUGCUUGCUAUAAAAGCAAUGACUGCCAUGAAACUAACUAGAGAGGAUAAUGUAGCUGCUGAGAUAAUUCCUAAUCUAUUUUUGGGAAGUGUAGGGGUAGCAUUCAAUAAAGAUAGUCUUAAUAAACAUGGAAUUACGCAUAUUCUCACUUGUGCUGAUAAAAUUCAGCCAAGAUUUGCUACUGAAUUUAAAUAUAUGUGCUUGCCUAUUCUUGAUACUCCCUCUGAAAAUAUUGGCAAGUAUUUUAGGCAGGCCUAUUUAUUUAUCUCAGAUGCAUUAAGUGAAAAUUCAAAAGUACUUGAAGGUGGUUUGAAAAAUAAUGUGCUCGUUCAUUGUUUUGCUGGUAAAUCAAGAUCGACAUCUUUUGUGCUAGCUUACUUAAUGGUAAAAGAAAAAAUCAAUUUGAGAGAUGGACUUGAAUUAUCAAGACAGAAGAGGCCAAUAGCAUAGCCUAAUCCUGGAUUUAUUCUAUAACUUAAGUUAUUUGAGAAAGAGCUAUUCGGGGUGAACAGCGAUGUUACGGUUAGAGCUUCUUCUAUUAACAAGCCUGAUCAGGCAAAGGAAGAGUUAGUGAAAGAUCUAAGCUAAGAGGAUUCAUCUAUAAAAGAGAUUAAUGAUGGCAUUUAAUAAAUGAAAUUGUCUGGUGACGAGGAAGGAGCUCAAGAAUUAUAGAAUAAAAUAUAGGAGGUUGUAGAGCAAGAAUAUUAAUAAAAUUAGAAUUGA